UUGUUUUCAACAGAAAAGCUGAAGAUGGAUGAGGAAAAUAACACCUUACCAAUUGACUUUAUCCUCAUUGGAUUUACAAAUUACCCAGAGAUGAAGAUCAUGUUAUUUGUGGUAUUCCUUAUAAUAUAUCUGAUAACCAUUAUUGGGAAUCUUGGACUGGUGAUAUUAAUUUCAAUUAAACCUCAACUUCAUACACCUAUGUAUUUCUUUCUUGGUAACUUGGCUCUUUUGGAUGCUUGCUGUGGCUGUGCUGUAACUCCUAAUAUGUUGGUGAACCUCUUUUCUAAGAAUAGGAUGAUUUCCAUCUAUGAAUGCAUGACACAAUUUUAUUUUCUUUGUGUGGUUGAAACUUCAGACUGUUUUCUCCUGGCAGCCAUGGCAUAUGACCGCUAUGUGGCCAUCUGUAACCCACUGCAUUAUCCUAUCAUAAUGUCAAAGAAGCUCUGUAUUCAGAUGCUCAUUGUGUCAUAUUUAGGUGGUACUCUGACUUCUGCAGUUCACGUAGGUUUUGUAUUCAGGUUAAUUUUCUGUAGAUCUCAUCAAAUAAAUCAUUUUUUUUGUGAUGUAAUUCCAUUGUUCAGACUGUCCUGUGUUGAUCCUUACAUUAAUGAACUGAUGAUGUAUAUAUUUUCAGGUUCAAUUCUAGUAUUUACAAUAGUCAUUAUCUUAGUUUCUUAUCUUUAUAUCCUUUUUACUAUCUUUAGAAUGAAAUCCAAGGAUGGACGGGGCAAAGCUUUUUCUACUUGUGCAUCCCAUUUUGUGUCUGUUUCGAUAUUCUAUGGUUCUCUUCUCUUCAUGUACAUUCGACCAGGGUCUGUUAAUGAAGGAGAUAAGAACAUGCCAAUUGCUAUUUUUUAUACAAUAGUCAUUCCCUUUUUAAACCCUUUUAUUUAUAGUCUGAGGAACAAGGAAGUAAUCAGUAUCCUGAAAAAGACUCUGAAGAAAAAAAUGUCAGGAUAUUUGAAACAAAAUUUAUUCUCUGUGACUUAUUGA